AUGUCUCAACAGACGACGAUCUCUGGCCGGACAAAGUCAUCUCGGCAUUUCAUUGCUGGACUUGGCUCCGGUGUCGCGUCGGCGGUGCUUCUGCAACCGCUCGACCUGCUGAAAACGCGUGUGCAGCAAUCAGGCCACCGAUCCCUGACAUCAUAUCUCAAAGACGUCGCCGCCGCCCCGAACAAGAUCCAGACGCUCUGGCGCGGUACAGUCCCGUCGGCACUAAGGACCGGCUUCGGCUCAGCUCUCUACUUCACGUCCCUCAACUCCAUCCGCCAACAUGUCGCUGAAACGCGCCUAUUGGGCCAAGCCGCCGCUGGCCGGGCCACCCACUCGUCCUCGUUACCGACGCUCACCCCGACGGCUAACCUCGUGGCCGGUGCCGUUGCCCGAACAUUCGCAGGCUUCGUUUUGAUGCCCUUGACCGUUAUCAAAGUUCGAUACGAAUCGAACCUGUAUUCCUAUCAGUCACUGCUCAGCGCAUCAUCCGACAUCUACAGGACGAACGGCCUGCGAGGCUUCUUUGCUGGCUUCGGUGCCACGGCUGUCCGCGAUGCGCCGUAUGCAGGCAUGUAUGUAUUAUUCUACGAGCUGCUCAAGAAGCGGCUGAGUGGCCUGUCCUUUGAUAAUAGAGGACAGAACUCAACCCGCCCCAUCACCAUCACAACAUCGCAUGCGACGUUGGUAAAUUUUAGCUCCGCCAUCAUGGCCGGGGCCGCUUGCUCUGUUGUCUCCAACCCCUUCGAUGCUGUCAAGACAAGGAUUCAGCUGCAGCCGGCCAUCUACCGCAACAUGUACCAGGCCUGCCACAAGAUGGUCACAGAGGAGGGUGUACGGUCACUCAUGGACGGGGUAGCGCUCCGAAUGAGCAGGAAAGCAAUGAGUUCGGCCUUGGCCUGGACUGUGUAUGAAGAAUUGAUUCGAAGAGCUGAGCGUACUUGGUCCUCUAGUUUGACAACGACAGAAGCAGAGCCAUAG